AUGUCAUCUGAAGAUUUUCCAGAAGACAAAAAUGCUGAAUUCAUACAAAGAACAAAAGAAAAAUGUAUUCAGAAACAAAGUUGUAAAAGAAAUAUCAUUCGUCUAGAAGAUUCAAUACCAUCUGAUGCUGAUCAAAUGAUUAUAUCAGUUGAUGAUACAUUAGAUGAUCAUCUCCAAUCUAUUCGUGAUAUUCAAAAUUCUAAUGUUCAACAAGUUCAUGGAAAAAGACCCAGACUUUCUGGCCGUAAUUUUAACAUUGUUAGAAUGACCUCUUCCCAAGAAACUAGCGUAUAUUCAAACGUUAAUAUCGUUGGUGGAAGUCCCGAAGAAUCUGCAGAAUCAAAUAUCUUAUUCAAUUCUUCAGCAACGUCAAACUGCUCUGUAGAUUUAUUGCAAGAAACAUCAACAAAUGCACCAAUAGAGACAAUUCAACUUUUCAAACAAGUUACACUGCAACAGGCAGUUCUUGUUGAUCAAUCAGAAUCAAGUUCUCAAAGAGUUCGACCAAGAUCUGUUUUUGGCAGAUCACAUCGUCAUAAUGUUGUGCAUAGACAAAUAUUACAAAAUGUUCCAGUUGAAGCUAAUUUUUUACCAAAUGUGCCACCUUGUAAACAUUGCAAAGCAAAGAGAUUCUUUCAUGAAACAAAUAGUUUCUGCUGUGCCGACGGAUCAAUUUCUUUGGCAACAAAUGAUGUUCCAGAUCAACUUUAUAACUUGUUCGUUUCAAAUACUGCUGAAUCUAUACAAUUUUGGACAUAUGUUCGGACGUAUAACAACAAAUUUGCUUUCACAUCUUUUGGAGUUAAGUUUGACAGAAAUCUAUGCCAAAGAAAUAGAGGAAUCUAUACAUUUCGAGCUCAAGGCCAGAUUUAUCAUUAUCUUCCCAAUUUAGUUCCUUCAGAUGGUCAACCUUCUAACUUGCAGCUAUAUUUUUAUGACACUGAACAUGAAUUUGAGAAUCGCAUUGUUGAUUCAAUCAGAAUGAAUCCUUCUAUUAUUGCUCAACUUAUGGAUAUCCUUCGUGUAAAUCCAUAUUCUACAUUUUUCCGAUCUAUUGGUGAUUUACCAAAUUUAGAGUAUCAAAAAAUCUGUAUAAAAUCAAAUCCUGGUUUGGAUCAACGGGUGUUUAACGCCCCAACAUCAUCAGAAGUUGCAGCAAUUUGGGUUGAAAACGAUGAUUCAGAACAUUCAACACCUCGUGACAUCUUUGUAUUUAACCAUAUUGGUGGGAGUCAUUUAGUUCAAUAUUAUUUUGGUUGCUAUGAUCCGCUUCAAUAUCCAUUGCUAUUUCCUUUUGGUGAUAUUGGAUGGCACCAAGGCAUACAAAGAAUCAACAAAAGAAGUGCAUCUGUAUCUACCAAUAAUUCCACAGCUGAAUUACUCAAUCCUCACCAAUCAACAUCAGCAGAACAAUUACUCAGAAGAGAACAACAAGUUUUAAACCGAAAAAGAAAAGAUCCAACUGUUUCUUGCCGUGAAUAUUAUUGUUACAAGUUACAAAUCAGAGAAAAGUUGAAAUCUAUUCUUCUAAUCUCUGGUCGACUUCUUCAACAAUUUGUUGUUGAUAUGUACGUGAAGAUAGAAACUUCAAGACUAGAUUAUUUUCGCUGCAAUCAACAACACAUUCGAUCUGAAUUAUAUCAAGGUAUUGUUGAUAGCAUCGAUCUUGGAGAAACAAAUGCUUCUAGAAUUGGCAAGCGUAUAAUUUUGCCUUCAUCUUUUAUCGGAGGCCCAAGAGAUAUGAAGAAAAGAUAUAUGGAAGCAAUGACUUUAGUUCAACGAUAUGGCAAACCAGAUAUUUUUUUGACAAUGACCUGCAAUCCGAACUGGAAAGAGAUUUCAAAUGAAUUGCAACCACAUGAAGAAACUCAAAAUCGGCCUGACUUAAUUGCUCGAGUUUUUAAAGCAAAAUUAGAAGACCUGAAGUAUCAAUUAUUCAAGCAAGAAAUAUUUGGAAAAAUCUCAGCAUAUGUAUAUGUUAUUGAACACCAAAAGAGAGGACUUCCACAUGCUCAUUUUCUGAUUAUAUUGCGUCAAGAUUGGAAAUUAUAUACACCAGAAUCUUUUGAUGAGAUCGUAUCUGCUGAAUUACCUGACAAAGACAACAACUUACAUCUUUAUACAGCUGUUAUCAAACAUAUGAUGCAUGGACCAUGCGGAGAUCUAAAUCCAGCAAAUAUAUGCAUGAAAAAAAAUGGUUGUUGCAAAAAUAAUUACCCAAAACAUUUUGUUUCAAACACUGUUAUUGGAAAUGAUUGCUUUCCGAUAUACAGACGCUCCAACAAUGGAAGAACAGCCAGAAUUAGAGGCCAUGAUUUGGAUAAUCGUUGGGUUGUUCCAUAUAACCCUUAUUUAGUUGCAAUGUUUGAUUGCCAUAUCAAUGUCGAGAUAUGUUCUACAAUUAAAGCUGUCAAGUAUCUCUACAAAUACAUUUAUAAAGGCCAUGAUCGUGUUGCAUUCAAUUUAGUUCCUGAACAAAGCAUUCAUCAAAUUGACGAAAUUGAACGAUUUCAAUCAGCUCGAUGGAUUGCCCCACCAGAGGCAAUGUGGAGAAUAUUUGGAUUUAUUGUCAAUGAAGUUCAUCCUGCAGUUUAUAGUCUACAUUUACAUCUUGAAAAUCAACACCAGGUGACUUUCCGUGCUCAUGAAAACUUAACAAAUGUGAUGAACUCUGAUCUUUCAGCAAAAUCAAUGCUAACAGAAUUCUUCGCAACAAAUCAAGUUGAUCAAAAUGCAAGAAAAUUAUUAUAUAGAGAAUUCCCUGAAUUCUAUGUUUGGAGUCAGCAAUACAAAAUGUGGACUGUUCGAAAGAAACAAAUUGUGAUAGGCCGAAUUGUUACAGCAAAUCCUUUUGAAGGAGAAAGGUAUUAUCUGCGAAUAUUAUUAAAUCAUAUAAGAGGUCCUCUAUCAUUUCAACAUCUUAAGACUGUAAAUAGUAUUUUGGCUCCCACAUUUCGAGAGGCAGCAACCAUGCAUGGUUUAUUGGAAAGAGAUAAUAGCUUGGAAGAAUGCUUAUAUGAAGCCUCUUUUUAUCAAAUGCCUUUCAGUUUAAGAAGACUAUUCGCAACAAUUUUGGUUUAUUGCAAUCCAACAAAUCCAAGAGAUCUUUGGGAACGCUUUGAACGAGAUAUGUCUGCUGAUUUCCAAUUAAUUGGAUGUUCUUCAUCAAAUGUUAGAACUGAAACUUUACACUCUAUCUCCACAAUCCUUGAAUCAAUGGGUAAAGACAUUAAUUCCUUCCAUCUUAUUGACCAAAACAUUGAUUUUGAUGAAGAUGGAUUUCUAUCUAGAGAAAUUGACGACGAAUUGGCUAUUCCAAUACCAGAAGAAGAUCUUCAUGCAUCAACACUGCUUAACAGCGAACAACAACAUGCUUACAAUUCAAUCUUGCAAAAAGUUUUAUCAAAUCAAGCUGCUGCAUUCUUUAUUGAUGGUCCUGGUGGAACAGGAAAAACAUUUUUAUACAAGGCACUCCUUGCUACAAUAAGAAAAAAACAACUAAUUGCUGUUGCAACUGCUUCAUCUGGUGUUGCAGCAUCAAUCUUACCUGGCGGUCGAACUGCACAUUCACGAUUCAAAAUUCCAUUAAAUGUCGACAAAAAUUCAACAUGCAGUGUCAGUAAACAAAGUGGACUUGCAAGAUUACUACAAACAGCGAAGUUGAUCAUAUGGGAUGAAGCUCCAAUGUCUAAAAAAGAAUCCAUAGAAGCAUUAGAUAAAAUGCUAAAAGAUAUUAAUGAUUCAGAAUUAUCUUUUGGUGGAAAAGUUAUUGUCUUUGGUGGAGAUUUUCGUCAAAUUCUACCUGUGGUCCCAAAAGGAACAAGACAACAACAAAUUGAUGCUAGCUUGGUUUCUUCCUACAUAUGGCCUAAAUUGACAAAAAUUUAUUUGACUGAAAAUAUGCGAGCAAGACUAGAUCCAAACUUUUCAAGAUACAUAUUGGAUUUAGGGAAUGGGCUACCACCAAUUACAAUUAAUGAACAUGUCAAGAUUCCUACAGCCAUGUUAAUUCCACAUGAAAAUGAUGCUGCUUCUUUGGAUCGUUUAAUAGAUGCUGUGUUUCAUGAUAUUUCUGACUAUUCAACAAAUAUUUCAAACAUGAUGAAUCGAGCUAUAUUGACACCAAAGAACAAUUAUGUUGAAGAAAUAAACACUUUGCUGAUCCAAAGAUUUCCUGGGGAGUUAAAACAAUAUUACAGUUUUGAUGAAUCAAUUGAUGCAUCUGAGCAGGCAAUCAUGGAAGACUUCUUACAUACUUUAACACCAAAUGGACUUCCUCCACAUGAGUUACUAUUGAAAGAAAAUUGCCCAAUCAUGUUAUUAAGAAACAUCAAUCCUUCAGAAGGACUAUGCAAUGGAACACGGCUAAUCUGUCGCAAUUUUGAUCGUAAUGUUAUUCACGCAGAAAUUGCAGUUGGUCAUCACAGUCGGAAAAAAGUUUUUAUUCCAAGAAUUCCAUUUUUACCAAGUCCUGAUGAAAACAGCGGUUUUCCAUUCAAGCGAACUCAAUUCCCUGUUAAACUAAGCUUUGCAAUGAGUAUAAACAAAUCACAAGGACAGACAUUGGAUUUUGUUGGAAUAUACUUACCUCAUCCAGUCUUUUCACAUGGACAAUUAUAUGUAGCUUUAUCAAGAGCUAAGACUAUUUCUGCAGUCAAGAUUUUGAUACGACCAAUCUCAACUGAUCAACCAGAAAAAAACUACACAAAAAAUAUUGUCUACACAGAAGGAAAUCGUCUGCAAGCAACAAUAUUUGGAAAUGAUGUUGAUUCAAGGGAAGACACUUUGCAUAUUUUUCAAUCUUACUAUAUUAUUAAUGCAUAUGUAAAGCUACUGGAUCCUAAAUAUAGAAUGGACUCACAUCAAUAUCAAUGGGUUAUAAACGCAAAAACAAUAAUUGAAGAAAUACCAGAAAAUGAAGAUCAGGUUCAAAUACCAAAGUACAACCUGAUUCCCAUUGAUGAAUUGGAUGCUUAUAAAGAUUCAAUUGCAGAAAUAGAUCUCUUAGCAGUUGCCCUUCAUAUAAAAGCCCCUAAAGAAAUAACAUUAACAAAUGGACCAGCUACUCUUCAAGAAAUGUAUGUCAUAGAUCAAAGCUUCAAUCCAAUCUCAUUGACUAUGUGGGGUCGUUUCGUUCAAGAUGAAUGCCAAAAAAUUUCAGAUAUAAUCGAAACAAAACCGAUUAUACUUGCAACAAAACUAAAAGUUCGCUCUUACAAUGGACUGUCUCUUUCAUCUCGACCAACAAGUGCAUUUACAAUCAACCCUGUUAUUCCCGAGGCAAAACCACUGCAAAGAUGUUGUCGAGCAUAUAUUGAAGUUGACGAUGAGACAGGAAAAUUACCAGCUGUUAUGUUCGGUGAACUUGCAGAAGAAGCAUUAGGUCAUUCAGCCAUUGAUUUCAUGAAUCAUACUGGAGAGAUCCAAAAGAACAAGUUAGGGUUUAUUGACGGUAGCUUGAAUUUGGCUCCAAAUUCGCCUAACCCUACGCGUGAUGCUUGGCUCUGCUGCAAUGAUAUGGUGUUUUCUUGGAUUUUGAAUUUUGUUUCCAAGAAUAUUGUAGUAAGUUGUAUCUACAUUGAUAUGGCUGCUGCACUAUGGGUUGAUCUCAAGAACGGUUCUCACAGUCAAAUGGACCACGGAUCUUUCAACUUCAGAAAGAAAUUUCCUCUUUGCUUCAAGAGGAUAUGUCUGUAA